UCAUUUGAAGUAUACAAACGUCCUCUGUCUUAUAGGAGACUCGUAUUUUUAACACUAAAGAGGCAAAUGUGUCUCCAUGAACUACACAGUAAAAUCUGCAGUGUUAAAUAUGCAGUGUAAAAGUAUAUUGACUCUUUCAGAAUCAUUCUAACAACCUUGGGAGUAGAAUGCCCCCUAGUGUUGGUGUUAAUUCCUGGAGUAAAAAGACGUGGUGUCAGAAGCACUCUGCAAAGCUCCACCCACCUCGGCGUCUCGUCUAACUGACAUCGAGCAGAAUUUAACAAGUGCACGCGCCAUUUUUCCUCUGUGGACUGACUGCGGGAGAAUGCUGCUCAAAGCAAAACUUGGUGAUGCCCAAAAGUUUGUCAGAAUUUCAGAGCCAAGUCUGAGUGAAUUUUUGAAUGCAGGGGUCAGAAUCUGUCUCCAUGGUGGCAUCUCCUGAGCAGUCCCAAACAUCAUCCCAUAAUUCCUCGGGCUCACAGGACACACUCAUCAUUUCAGAUGAUAGCCCUUCCAGAAAACGCCAGAGGCUGGAUACAGAAGCUAAGCAGGAUGCUGACCCAAAUCUGUGUGGACCAGAGCGUACCCAAGAUAACUACAACUCUGCUGUUGAUCGCCUUCAGAUUGACAAUACACCAGAUGUCGAAGGAGUAAAGUUCCGACAUCUUGGAAAUGGGUGACAACAUAAGAAGUUCAAUCACUAAAGUACUGCCAGACCUGGCUGCCUCAAUCCUUGAAAUCGUCCUGGAGGCACUACAAUCAUUAGGGGUGGAGACAUCUGAGGACUUACAGUUCAUCAAUGAGACUGAUCUGGACUGUGUCCUGAGACCAGUUCAGGCAAGAAAACUGCUGGCUGCAUGGAAGAAAACCACACCGAACAGUGAAAUUUCCAGCCAGGCCAGUAUAUCAUCUCCAUCUUCGUGCUCCACAUUUUCUGCCUCCUUUUUGCCCAGUUGUCCAAUGUCCUCUCUGGACUGGGUCGAUAACUUUAAAAUUCCAUGCCAAAAUUUCCCAGAAGACUUGAUGCAAUGUCUUAAGAGAGAAAAAAGGCCAAAGCCAAGAUUGCGGAGGGAGAUGAUCCGCAUCAUUGUAAAGGAGAUGAUGAAAGCCUGUGCCGCUCCAUUUAGAAGAGCCUCAACAGAAAUUGCCAAAAGACUGGUUGCAAUGUAUCCCAACUCACUGCAGGAUGUUAUAGAAGGGGAUGUGGUAGGACAAGGAUACCACUCAUUGGUGAAACAGAUGCAAGCACGAAUUGAGAAUAUGAAGAGGUCUUUUACACCAGUGAUACAGAAGCGCAAACGAGGAGGAUCAGAUGACACAGAUGAAGUCCCACUUGAAAAGCGAGCUACUAUUCAAGACACAUAUGGCUGCAUAAAGUGGGACAUUAAGUUUUUGCCAGUCAGUGAGACACUGGAAAGCCAGCAGGAGAAGAAAGAAGAAAUGAAGCUUCUCAGUGAGCAGACAAGCUUCAGUCCUGAAGAAGUAAAAACUCUAAUGAAAUGCACCUACUACUCUCAGCGUAAAGCAGUCAACAAGGGAGCAGACUUGCAAAUACUCAUAGAAGAGUGGCCUUUUUUGUUUCAGGAGGUUGGAAUGGCUGUCCAUUUUGAAGAGCUUACUGGGGUAUCGCUAAAAGAUACUUUCCUCACCAGUCUGGAAAAGAAAGCAAAACGGCUUCUGGACUUUCUGAAAACCACUUGCACAGACAAGAGCAAGCGAGUCCUGGAGGCUGUCAUAAAGCUCUGGAUGCAGAGAGGACAGCUGAAGGGCUGCUCAGAAGAUGUCAAAGAUAUGGUGCUCCUUCUUCUGUCCUAUUUUGAUGAAAAAGAGGAGACCCUCUUCCACUAUGUUGAAGAAACAUGCCUGGCAAAAGAAGUCCAAAUGGAAAGCCUGCCUGUGACACCAUGUAUCAUUGUUUGUGGCUCCUCCUGCUAUGCAUCGAGGCUGUUCAUGCUGAGUAUUGACCACAAAGUUGUGAAUGACCAAAUCACUGACUUCAUCUCUGCAAUCUGUUUGAUGCUUGGAAGCUACUACUGCCUGAACAUCCACUAUCCAGUGAAACUUGGCUCCACACUUGAGUUCCUUCAGAGGCGCUGAAUUUGAACUGCAACCCGAGGGAAACGAUUCAAAGUCCCUGUGACUCUUAGGAAACGUGCCCUGUUUUUGUGAACAGCAUCAGAAGAGAGUGACAGGCAAACCAGUGUCAAGAAGAUGACUGACCAAAACGUGCUGAAGACAGAAUCAAACCUUGGUUGGAAAUUCUUGGUGGGAUCAAGUCAGUCUGCAGUGAAACCUCCUUUGUCAACAUGUGAGUCUUCAAGUAGAGAUGAUGGCAAUUUUCUGGAUUCCCUAAACAUCGCAACAUGUCUGUAUAAGACUCACCUUUCUUCAGUCAAGUCUGCACCUAUAGAUUCACUCAGAGAGAGGAUCCUGCCAGUCCAAAGUGAACACCCGAUGGACAACAUAUGAGUACUUCAGCAGAGCUUGUAUCUUCGACACCAUGUGCAUUUGAAACUCCACUCCAUGUUUGAGUGUUUUCUUCAACCAAGGCCGGACUCACUGACUCAUUACUCUUAAUCAGUCGGGGGCAAGUGACUAUUUGUUUCAUGUUUAUUCAUUCCACCAUGGAUUACCAGUCAUACUAUAUAUGGACACAUGCUGUACUCUCAAGAUCUAUGCUGCUUUGUGAGUGUAUAGACAAUUAAUAUGACCUGUUCAGUCUGUUUCACAGAUGGUAUGUAAAAUGUUCUUAAUAAUUAUUAUUGAUCACAGUACCUUGGUUAAUAUGGGCAUCUUUAAAAAAUUUUUAGAUUUAGUAGUUGCUAAAUGUAAAAGCUAUGCCAAACCACUGAUGUUGCUCAUGUUUUGUACUGUAUUUUUAACGGUGAAAUACCAGCAGCUGUGGUUGCCAGGAUUUUACCGUGAAAUUAAACUGGUCAAAAUAAAAUAUUGUAAUUUGUUGUACAA